UAACAACAUUGUAUUUGGAUUGCAUUGGUUUGGUUUGUUUUCAAUUUUUAUCGUGCGCAAUGGCCAGCGAGGAACUAUUUGAAGCUGAAUUCUCGGAAGAACAGGACUUGGAGCGUCAGCAGCCCAUGGAGACUGAGGCGGCGGAGCUAGCGGAAACAGAAGAGGCUUUGGAUAUCACCGAGGAAUCGCCGGAAAAUCCUGAGGCAGAAUCUACAACAGAACAAUUGGCAGAAAAACCAGUGACGAAUGGCAACAAGGGCCCUGCUGAUAACGAAGCCAAGAUGACACAACUGCCGUUGGCCAGGAUACGGAACAUAAUGAAACUGGAUCCGGAUCUGCAUAUGGCCAACAAUGAGGCCGUGUUUAUAGUGGCGAAGGCAGUGGAACUAUUCAUAGCCUCGUUGUCCCGGGAGUCAUAUACCUACACGGCGCAGUCCAAAAAGAAAACCAUACAAAAGAGGGACGUGGAUAUGGCCAUUUCUGCUGUGGACAGUUUGCUAUUCCUUGAUGGAGCCAUGAACUUUUGAACACCCCCACAAAUGAAACUGGAUUCGUCGAUUAUACUUUUAUACUUUAUUUAGGGAUAUUCAGCGGCAAACAAAUUCAGUCCUAAACGUCCUUAUGGUUUUAUGUUAAAAAUAAUAUUUAAGGUUUAAAACAAUUGUUGAUUCGCAAAGAAAACAAACAAAAAAGAAAUCAUAAUUAUAAACGA